AUGUGUGGCUUAAGCCGUCAGAGCCUGGUGCUGCUGUUGGAAGGGAGUGACAGCGGCGUCACCGUGAGGACCGUAACGUUGUUUUACGCGGAGAGAGCGCAUGAAGGACUGGAGAGCAGCAGAGGAAAAGUUGCACGGCAGCGGGGAUUGGAACAAAUAAAAGCUCGCUCAAGGACUCUGGACCCACAUGUCACCCCCCUCGGACCGUGGGCUGGUCAGGGCCCAGCCGUGUGUGACAGGCAGGUGUGUGGAGCCCGGAGCGGCACUCUACAGCGAGUCCUUAAAUUGGCCCUGACUGAGCUCUGUGUGGUGCUAUGGUCUUACAUCUCAGCAUGGAUGGAGUCGGUCCACAGACUGGCCACCACUAAUGAGUUUGGUCCAGGCGCCUCCUGCCCAGUUGAGUGCCGUUGUGACAAACAGUAUGUGUACUGCAAUGAUCGCAGCUUGACCUCAGUGCCUCUGGGGAUAGAGGAGGGCUACAAGAUCCUCUUCCUACACAACAACCAGAUCAACAAUGCUGGCUUUCCAGUAGAGCUUCACAAUAUAGCCUCACUAGAGACUGUUCAUUUGUACGGCAACCAGCUGGAUGAGUUUCCUGUAAACCUCCCCAAAAACACCAAGGUACUGCACCUUCAAGAGAACAAUAUACAGACAAUCUCCAGAGCAGCCCUGGCUCAGCUGGCCCGAUUGGAGGAAUUGCAUCUUGAUGAUAAUUCAAUCUCCACUGUGGGUGUAGAGGAGGGAGCCUUUAGAGAGGCAGUUAGUUUAAAACUUCUAUUCCUCACAAAGAACCACUUAAGCAGUGUUCCCAUUGGCCUUCCAGAAGACCUUCAGGAACUGCGAUUGGACGAGAACCGAAUUGCUGUCAUUGCAGAAGAGGCUUUUCAGAAUGUGACUCGAUUGCAUCGCCUCCUGCUGGAUGGGAACCUGCUGACGGAUGAUGGUAUCACACCGGGCACAUUUCAAGACCUGACCAACCUUCGUGAACUGGCCCUAGCCCGUAACUCCCUCACAUUCCCCCCUCCCCUUCUGCCCUCACAGUCACUGGUCAAACUCAGCCUGCAGGAGAACCAGAUCAACCAGAUCCCUGUGGCCGCCUUCUCCGACCUCAACAAGCUGGAAAAACUGGACAUCUCCAGUAACCAGCUGCAGACUCUGACCCAGGGCGUGUUUGACGGGCUGUACCGCCUCCGCCAGCUCAUGGUGCGCGGAAACCCCUGGCGCUGUGACUGUGCCGUGAAGUGGGUGGUGGUGUGGCUCAAGUCUCUGCCAUCCUCAGUCAACGCCCGAGGCUUCACAUGCCAGAGCCCGGAUAAAGUGCGAGGAAUGGCAAUCCGAGAGCUCACUUUGGAUAUUAUUGAGUGCCCUAUAGAUAAAGAGGAGCCAGCCUGGCCCACCCUGCGCUCCACACCCCCUCCUCCCCCCACCACUGCCCCUGUCAGCACCAUGAUCUCCACCCUCAUCACCACCUCCCUUCCUUACUACUUUGACUCCCCUUCACCGCCUCUCCCUCCCAUCUAUCACAACCCCCCUGGGCCUAUGCCACCCUACGAAGACCCUCUCCAGAUCUCCUUCCAUGUGCUGAACUCCACAAACAUCGAGGUGAGCUGGGCUUCCUACUUCACAGUGACAGCGUACAAGGUCACAUGGGUCAAAAGAGGCCAAAGCCAAAUGAGUGAAGGAAUGCAGGAGAGUACUGUCAGCGGUGACCGCCGGCACAUUAGCCUUUCGAACCUGGAGCCACGCUCUGUCUACCGGAUCUGUGUGCAUGUUCUGGACUCACUUAACUCUUACCGGCCUGGAGAAGACACUAUAUGCUCUGAGGCCAGGACUAAGUCUACUUCUCCUAAGUCGACUGGCUCAGACCAGUCUUCUCAGGACAGCCUCAACUCUACGCUGCUUUUGGCAGGGAUCAUUGGAGGGGCGGUGCUUAUCGUCCUGAUAACACUGCUCAGCUUGUUCUGCUGGCACAUGCACAGGAAGAGCCGGUCAUCUUCCACCAAAUGGAAAUACAACCGCGGUAGGAGAAAAGACGACUACUGCGAGGCUGGAACCAAGAAGGAUAACUCCAUUUUGGAAAUGACUGAGACAAGUUUCCAGAUAGUGGCACUGAACAAUGAACAGCUGUUGAAAGGCGAUUUUCGAAUCCAGCCUAUCUACACUCCCAAUGGUGGCAUUGGAUUUAGAGACUGUCACCACCUGAGUAACAACAGCAUAGCCUACUGCAAAAGCAGCAAUGUGCCCAGUACAGAGUUCUGUCACACGUGA